GGCGACUUCCGCUUCCGGCCGGCGAGGCACGAGGAUCCGGUGCUCGGACCCAGCGGGAAAAUGCGGCCUUUAACUGAAGAGGAGACCCGUGUUAUGUUCGAGAAAGUCGCCAAAUACAUCGGGGAGAACCUUCAGCUGCUGGUCGACAGGCCCGACGGCACGUACUGCUUCAGGCUGCACAACGAGCGAGUGUACUACGUGAGCGAGAAGAUCCUGAAGCUGGCCGCCAAUAUCGCAGGGGACAAACUGGUGUCCCUGGGCACCUGCUUCGGCAAGUUCACGAAGACCCGCAAGUUCCGGCUGCACGUGACGGCGCUGGAUUACCUUGCCCCCUACGCCAAGUACAAAGUGUGGAUCAAGCCUGGAGCCGAGCAGUCCUUCCUGUACGGGAACCAUGUGUUGAAGUCUGGUUUGGGGCGAAUCACAGAAAAUACUUCUCAGUAUCAGGGAGUUGUGGUGUAUUCUAUGGCCGACAUCCCUUUGGGUUUUGGGGUGGCAGCAAAGUCUACACAAGACUGCAGAAAAGUAGACCCCAUGGCGAUUGUGGUAUUCCAUCAAGCAGACAUUGGGGAGUAUGUACGGCAUGAAGAGACUUUGACUUAAAAUGAAAACACCGCAAGGACUUGUGGCUGUGUGGAGGGGCCUAGCUUUGUUUCCUGUGUCUGUGUGGGCUCCGCCAUCGUGUUGAAUGUUGUCGACACUGUGACCUCUUCAGGGACUUUUAGCUUAAAUGUUCUUUCUAUUACAGGUGAACUACAGGCUGGAUUAUUAUUAUUAUGGAGAGAUGAUUUAUAAACAGGGUUUCAGAUUUUUGUGUUUGUGACUAAAUAGAAUACUGUGUCGUGUUUGAAUCAGAGAACUCCUUGUUCUGAUCAAAGGUCUCAAGUCGUUGGGACUGAGGACAAGAAUAGCGUAUUGUUAUCUGUGAUAACAGUUUUUUCUAAACUCAUCAGAACACAAUGGAUUUUCUCCCUUAUUUAUGUAUAUUAUGGAAGGACGAUAACACCAUAUCUGAAUAGUAGGUCACAUUUAGGGUUUUACAAAAUGAAAUUUGUCUAAAUAAGAUAAAUUUAUUUUGCUGAUUUUGUGGAUAGUAGAUGCUGUUUGGUAAGGAAGAAAAACUUUGAUUCAAACCCUCAUUCUAACCCGUACCAUGUCUAUGGCCCUCGAUGAGUCAUUGCAUUUUUUAAACUUUACUUGCUUGUAUUUAAGAAACAAAGGCAUUUUAACCAUCUACCUAAGAGGUUUUUAAAAUUAGAAAGCAGGAUUAUAAAUUGCUUAGUACAAUGCCUGACAAAUGGUAAGAAUUGUUUUUAUAUUGCAUAUAUUGUAUUUCAACUUUUUUUGCUAAGUGGAACUUAUUAAUACAAUUUUAUUAUACUGGC